AUGAAUAAAGAAGAAUCGGUGGUAUUAUCUCGUCCUUGUACACUUUCAGAAAUACCAAAUCCUAGCAGAUUAUGUUGUACACCGCCCCAAAAUCGUUUGAUGCCUUGGAAUCAUCAUACGGCCGCCGCUGCUGCAGCGGCAGCAGCAGCUUCGGCAGCUGUGUCACAGGCCAACGAUACAUCAUCAAAUGGCAGCAAUAGUAAUCACAAUAACAACAACAACAAUUCCAGCAACAUCAAUAAUAAUAACAGCAGCAGCAACAACAACAACCACAACAAUGAACCAACCUGCCUUACAGUGCCUCGUCAGAAGAAUCAAAAUCUUGGUCUCAUCUGUGUCGUGUGUGGCGACACCAGUUCGGGGAAACAUUAUGGCAUAUUGGCCUGUAAUGGUUGUUCUGGAUUUUUUAAGCGUAGUGUUCGUCGCAAACUUAUUUACAGAUGUCAAGCGGGUACUGGACGUUGUAUUGUUGACAAGGCUCAUCGUAAUCAGUGUCAGGCGUGUCGUCUAAAAAAGUGCCUUCAAAUGGGAAUGAACAAAGAUGCCGUACAAAAUGAACGUCAGCCACGUAACACGGCCACUAUUAGACCGGAGACACUGCGGGAGAUGGAGCAUGGACGAGCUUUACGUGAAGCUGCUGUAGCUGUGGGGGUUUUUGGACCACCCGUUUUAUUGUCACCGCCAUGUUAUGGACCUGCUUUACUACCGCCGCCAUCACUUUCAGGCUUGCCGACGGGGCGUCUAUUACAUCAUAAUCACUUGGCCGCCACUUCAAUGCAAUUAUCGGCGAAUAUGAACAACAAUAACAACAAUACUGCUACAUUUCCCAUAUUCAAUAACAACAACAUUUACAAUGCCAACUCAGCCACCACAAAAGAUAAAAGAUAUGCUGACUUAUCAAGUGGCGGCACCAUUUCAUCAUCAUCAAAUUCCUCAAGUAGCAAUUCAAUAGAUCCUUGUUCGCCUCCACCAGAAAAUGGUAAAUAUUUAGGAAAAACUGCUAAUUUGAAAAUUGCUUUAAACUUUAUAUUUAUAGCUGCUCCCAAAAAUCCUGUCAGUGGUAGUGUCUCGUCAAUUAGCUCUGCCAGUCCUAUACCCGAUAAUGAUAAUGAUGAUGAUUCCAUUGAUGUCACCAACGAGGAUGAGGAACCCUUAAAUGGUGAAAAAUCUCUAAUGCAAUUUGAUAUUGCCCAAAUAAUGUCGCCCAAUUUGUAUGUCCAUCAACAUGAGACUGUGUACGAGACCAGUGCUCGUCUUUUAUUUAUGGCUGUGAAAUGGGCGAAAAAUUUACCCAGUUUUGCUAGUCUUUCAUUUAGAGAUCAGGUUAUUCUCUUGGAGGAAUCGUGGUCGGAAUUAUUUUUACUAAAUGCCAUUCAAUGGUGCAUACCUUUGGAUCCUUCAAAUUGUCCUUUAUUUUCGGUAGCCGAACAUUGUAAUAAUUACGAAGCCAGCAAUAAUAAUGGCAGUAAUUGUAUGUCAAAGGAAGAGAUUGCCUCCGAUGUGCGCACUUUAUAUGAAAUCUUCUGCAAGUACAAAGCUGUCUUAGUAGAUCCUGCAGAAUUUGCCUGUCUUAAAGCCAUCGUUUUAUUCCGGCCCGAGACACGAGGUCUAAAAGAUCCUGCACAAAUUGAAAAUUUACAAGAUCAGGCUCAUGUCAUGUUAGCUCAACAUACGAAAGCUCAAUUUACCGCCCAAGUGGCUCGUUUUGGUCGUUUACUCUUAAUGUUGCCCCUGUUGCGUAUGAUUAAUUCACACAAAAUCGAACUGGUCUAUUUUCAACGCACCAUUGGCAAUACUCCCAUGGAGAAAGUCUUGUGCGAUAUGUAUAAAAAUUAG